AGCUAGCAGCUCAUUUCCCUUGCAAGCAUACUAUACUCGAAAUAAAAGAAUCACCAACGUCGAUCUCUCUCUCUCUCUCUCUGACUAUUGCCUUAUAACGCACGCCUUCCAACUCUUUUUCCUACAUAAAUAGCUUAUAGCCCACACCUCUCAUCUCCAUUUCCAGUCCUUCCAACAAGCGCACAAAAAAAAAAAAAAAAAAUAGACGACGAAGACGAUCGGCGACCAUGUCCACCGAUCUAGAAUUCUUACACGACUUGUCGAAAAUACCACGACUCACGGUGGAGACUAAAACGACGGCACAAGCAUCCAACGAUAUCGCCGACGAUAUUGGUACUGGCGUACUCGUUGAACCAGAAAAGGAGGACGACAACGAGUGCUGCCGGACCCCGACAUCCAAGGAACAUAGAAUUCCCGUGAUCUUAGAUUGUCCCCCGGCGCCUCGGAAACCCAGAAGGGUACCCUCGUGCAAAAGAAAACUAUCCGAGCUAAAGUUCUUCGAGAUCGUGAACCCUGAAGAGGUCGAUGCGUUUUUCAGAUCGAGCUUUGAGAACGUAUCUGCUAUUACGUCCGUCAAGAGGCGGAGCAGGUGCCCAUGUAAAUGAUCUCGCACGCUGCCUGCCAAGGUUGAAAAUUUUACACGACUAUUCAUGUUUAUUUAUUUAUUUUUCUUUUCUUUAAUUUGUUGUUUUCGAUAUAUAAUUUGUAAGCUGUCUGGAUAUGGCCGGAUGCUACGUACGUUCAUAUAUCCCACUCUGUACGAGAUUGGAUUUAAGGGUCCUUGUAAGUGUCUGAAAUCUCGGACAAUUUGGGAUCUGAACCUUGGUUAUAAAUCAAUGAAUUCACAUCCGAAUGAAUUUCUAAGUUGCA